AGACUUGUUUUUUUUGUUAGUUAAAAACUUGUUAAACAAUUAAUUUUGAAGGAAAAUGUGCUACUUUUGUAGUACUAAGAUUAAAUAUUAGAUCAAAAGUAGUUGUUGUGUACAUGUUUCGGUAAGUUGAUUUUCAAAUAUUUUCCGAUUUCACUUUUUCACUAAAACCUAUACUUUUUUUUUGAAAAAAAAAAAAAAAUCUUAACGAGAUCAAUUGGAGGUUAUUUUUCAACAAGAAUUUACCUAGAAUAUACUUCCAAUUAUUCUACAAAUAUCUUAUUUUCACUUAUUUUCUUUGGAACAGAAGAUUUUCUUUGGAGCAGAAUCUUCAACUAGAAUUUAACUAGAAUAUACCUCAAUAAUUCAUCUGUAUAUAUAAUAAUCGAGCACCUCAUAAAAAGACUUACAGAGUACAAAAUUUUAAGAGCUUAGCCAAACAGAAAAUGGGAUUGAAUCGUGUAACACUCGUUUGCUCCGCCAUUGUGUGGCUAAGCAUCUCCGGCUUGAGCCAUGCCGGAGUCACCAGCAACUACACCAGAGUAGCUGAACCUUCCGAAGAAAUGCCACUCGAAACCUUCCCUCCUCCUGCUGGCUUAAACGCUCCUGAACAAGUUCAUAUAACGCAAGGAGAUCACAACGGUCGAGGUAUGAUAAUCUCGUGGGUAACGCCUAUAAACGAUGAUGGUUCUAACGUCGUGCAAUACUGGGUCGCGGAUGGUGACGAGAGUACAAAGAAGAGCGCUGAAGCAUCAACCUCGACCUAUAGAUACUACGACUAUGCUUCUGGUUUUCUUCAUCACGCUACCAUCAAAAAGCUUGAGUACUCAACUAAAUAUUUCUACGAGCUUGGAACUGGUCGUUCCACUAGACGAUUCUCCUUCACGACACCUCCAAAAGCCGGUCCAGAUGUUCCCUACACAUUUGGUGUCAUUGGUGAUCUGGGACAAACCUAUGCCUCUAACCAGACAUUGUACAAUUAUAUGUCGAACCCUAAAGGCCAAGCAGUUCUUUUUGUUGGAGACUUGUCGUAUGCUGAUGACCAUCCCAACCACGACCAAAGAAAAUGGGAUUCGUAUGGGCGAUUUGUUGAACCAAGCGCUGCAUAUCAGCCUUGGAUAUGGGCUGCUGGGAACCACGAGAUAGAUUACGCCCCGUCAAUAGGCGAGACUCAGGCAUUCAAGCCAUACAAAAACCGUUACCACGUUCCAUACAGAGCCUCACAGAGCACUUCUCCGCUUUGGUACUCAAUUAAACGAGCCUCAGCGUACAUCAUCAUACUCUCCUCUUACUCAGCUUUUGACAAGUACACACCUCAAAACUCGUGGCUUGAGAGUGAACUCAAGAAAGUAAACAGAGAAGAGACUCCAUGGCUGAUUGUUCUGGUUCACUCUCCGUGGUACAACAGCAACGGUUAUCACUACAUGGAAGGUGAAAGCAUGAGAGUCACGUUCGAGCCAUGGUUCGUCCAAAACAAAGUUGAUAUUGUCUUUGCUGGUCAUGUUCAUGCCUACGAGCGAUCAGAACGUGUCUCCAACAUUAAGUACAAUAUCACUGAUGGUUUGAGUUCUCCCGUGAAAGAUCCAUCUGCUCCUAUUUACAUCACCAUUGGUGAUGGAGGCAACAUAGAAGGAAUCGCUAAUGAUUACACGUACCCUCAACCGAGUUACUCAGCAUAUAGGGAGGCUAGUUUCGGGCAUGCACUUCUAGAGAUAAAGAACAGGACUCACGCGCUUUAUACCUGGCAUAGGAACCAAGACAAUGAGCCGGUCAUCGCCGACUCUCUUUGGGUGAAGAACAGACACUUCUUGCCGGAGGACGAGUAGACGGUUUCCGGCGACUCAAGAAUGUUUUUAGUUUUCUCUUUUUAAAUCUCCUUUUAAUAAUAAGAUUAGUUAGUAUUUUGUGCUCUUUUGUUAGGUUUAGUUUAAUUUUAUCACUUAAUUUUUUUUUCUUUGACAAAGUUUUAUCACUUAUUGUUGUGUUUUCUACUUACCUUUAUUUAACUCAUAAGAUGAUAAUAAUUCCAACAUCUCGGGUACUUAUCUCAGAUCUUUAAUAUAAAUUCUCAAAAACUCAACAUAAAAUUUCAAUGCAUAUUAUAUAACAUACAGUUGAGAAAAUUACUCCAGUAUAGAUUACCCAUAGUUUAAACAAUAUCCAUAUAUAUAUAUUGUUAAGAUUUUGUUGGGAUAUUCCCACUAAAAACAAAGUUAUGAUCGAUAUUUAAAUAGCAUAUAAAAUAAGAUGUAAUUAUCUAAUCUAUUUGUUUUAAGGUUUAUUUUUAUUGGAUUAUAUAUUUUUUUAAAUUUAUAUAUUUAUUAAAUAUAUUUAUUAAAUUUAUAUAUUUAUUAAGUGGUAUAUAUAUAUGAUUUCUCUAAUUUAUUCAAUAUCUUAGAUCAUUUAACUUCUAUUGGAUAUGCAUAUAAAUUCUCCAGUAUUGAUUUAAAAACUUAUAGCUAAGUGAAAAAUUCAUAAAAGAUCUCACCAUAACUAAUUUUAUUGUUACACCAAAUUAGAAUAUAUACUGUUAAGAAUAGUUUUCAAAUGGUUGGUAGUGAGAGUGCAACUGACAUAUUUAAAUUAGCAUAUCCAUAUUUUUAAUAUAAUAAAAUAUUAAACAAACCUUAUUUAAAUUAUUCAUAUCUUCAUUUCUAUUUUAAAUUAGAUAAUAUAUAAUUUCGAUUUAUAAAAAUUUAAUUAAUACCCGAUAAAUGAAUAUGUAGUACUUUUACAAUAAGAUAACCGACCACAUAUAUUCCUAUUUUACCCAUAUGCAUUUGCACUAAAAUAAUAUAAUUUUCAUAUAUAUGGAUGACGUUCGUGUGUGGUACGCGAAGGAAACGUCGUAAACGGAAGAAGGUCCAAUCGGAUCUAAUGGUUUCUGGUCUGUGAAAUCAGACACAAAUAAGAGAUAUUGCGGGGUUUGCAAGAAUGGGAAGAAACAAAGACUGGAGCAAGAACAGCUACAUAGAUGAGCGUGUUCAAGAAAAGUCGCAAAGUUGAGCGUGUUCGUGGUCUGCAGGGUUAGAAAUUGAUUUGAUGGUUGUUUGAGAUGAAUGAUAUCUCAAAGUGAAGACUGAUUCAUAUUAUGUCAAAGUUAGUCUUAAGGAGAUGGAAUCAAAGUUAGAUCAUCAGUUUCUCAGGUUUAAAUCUUCAGAAUAAAUGGUCUCAUUCCAAUGGAGUCAGAAGAAAGGUUUUGAUGGCUGGUUACUUAGGUUUUGCAACGUGUAAAGAACUGAAGCUUUUAGGAUCACAAGGGAUGUAUGUUGUCUUUGCAAAAUAUGAUCAAGGUUCCGAAAUGGGUCAGAUUGUGCGUUGAUCAGUUUGACUGUGGAAGAGAGAUGCAGUGUGGUUUCAUAAAGGUGUAAAUAAUGCCAGUUGGUGACACUCUGUUAUCUCAGGUCUGGACGCCUUAGAAGUUGAAGAUGGUAUGUGUGUUCAGAGGCUAUUCGGAUUUUUUGAUCAGUGGUUCCAGGGUUCGGGUGCAAACAUAAAAUUGCAGAGAAGUAGUCAACAUGAUGAGGCGUUGAUAAGGUUUGGAACGAGACAGGGUGUUUGUACUUUGAGGCUUUAAAUUCGCUUCGAUUAAAAAUAUUUGAGUUGCAUGGUUGUAUGUUCAGUCAAAAAGAGGUUAAUGAAUAGGUUCUUGUGGUUAAAAAGAAGCUCAAGUGGGGAUGAUUAGGGUUAAAAAAUCACAAUGGAGCUUGUAGCAUCACAUGUUGGUUUCUUGUGGCAAUAAUGUGACGAAAUAGAUGGUGUUCUGUUUUGAGUCAGCGCAAGAAUAGGAGUCAGUCUCAUUGGGUACAUGCGAUGUAAAGUUUCUGGUAUGGUAGAAACAAGUUGUGCCUCCAUGAAAAUAAAAACUAAAGCAAGGGAAAAGUGUGUAAGGCCUACACAAGUACAUGUUGAAGCAAAUGGCUAUUUGUGGUAAUAAUAAGUAGUAGUUCUGGUAAGUUCGUGUGAGUGACAAGAACAAGCCAUUGGAGAAGUCGAUUCAAGGUUAGAGUUUACUUGUAGAUUCUAGUCAAAUGCGGAGGAAAAUGCGCAGACAGAAUCCUGUUGAACAGGUUUGAAAACACUUGUUCAAGAAGCAUAUAUUCACUACCACAACUAAGAGAAGCAUGUGUGUGUUUACCUUAGAGGAAUUGUCAUGUAAGUCUGAGUCAGAGGCAGGCCCGGCCCGUCAUGUCUGGGUGCCUAAAGCAAAAGAGCAACUUGGUCCAUAUACACAAAACAUAUUAAUAAAAUGUGAAAUGAAGGCGUCGAACCUAUGGCAAGACAGAGGAAGGAAGUCGAUAACAACCACUAGACCACAGCUUGUUUUUUAGAAAUUGUCUGCCCCUAAAUAUCUAUAUAUUUUGUGGCGCCUAAAGCUGGUGCUUCACCAGCUUUACCCCAGGGCCGGUACUGGUCAGAGGUUUUAGAGGAACAGACUCCGAAGAAAUAAGGGACGACAGGUUUGGUGUCAUGACCAAAGUCGUCAAGGUGGAGCUCUUAGACAAAGAGGCAAACCUCUGAAUAAAAAGGAUGAAGUUGUAAUCUUCCAACGAGAUAAUACUUGCUAGCUUGACAAGUAUGGAAAUCAAGCUUAGACAGAUCAUGGUUCAGGUCUGAGAGAUAAGAAGAUGCAAGCACCAAAGUUUUUUUUUGGUGGAGUUUGUGCACUGGUGAUAGUGUUGCAGGACAUGUUACAGCUGAAGAAACUCGCCAUAGAGUCGAGUUUGACAUGGAAAAAGCUGUAAGGGUGUAUCUUAGGAGAGCAUCACAGGCUUAGAUGAUGCGAGAUAUUGUUAAAGGAUACUAGUAGUGAGGCUAAAUCUACUGGUAACUGUUUUCUUAGACUCAGUGAAUUAAACAUGGGACUUGUGUCGAAAGUACUCACAACAAGGUGGACUUUUGAAGUGUGACCUAUUAAGUUCGACGAGUAUGUUCAAGGUGGAGUCUUACUAGACAAGUAGCUGUUCAAAUCAGAGGAUGACUCAGGAUGGAAACAUGUAUUUUUCAGGUUUUCUGCAUGGGAUUCAGUAGAAAUUUGUUUCUGUAUCUCAGGGAUACGAGGUGAAUCAAAAGAGCCUACAAAGGUAUCAUAGUUGCAGAUUGGUUAUGAUUUGUUUGUGUUGAGGUUAAGUAGAAAUUAUUUGUAUCAAAAGUCUUUUUAAUGAGUUGAGUUAAGCGGCGUGAAAUGUUGGCAACAACAAUGGUGCAGAGUGAUGUUCAAGAAAAGGUGUUCAUUCAGGUUAUUGUAAAGGACAAUCUCAGGAUAACUGUGGGUCUACUGGCUGUUGAGGUUGGUUACAAAAGAUUGAGUCAAAGGGAUUUCUGAUUUGAGGCAAUGGUGAUUCAAGUUUCGUAAGAGUUUCACGCCAACAUUGGCAUCAUGGUUUUUCUUUUGCAGAAAGAUUGAAUUCAAGGUUUGUAUCAAAGGUCAUCUGAUACAUAACAUGUUUGAAUUAGAGUCACAAGGGACUGAUUAAGUCUAACAUUGCUUUAAGGUUGAGGCUGAAGGGUCAAUGGUAUAAUCAAGCACAUGGUGGUGACUAAAGUAAUAGAACUGCAUGUUUUUUAAGACAAGGUUGUUACGGGUAGAGCUUCGGGUAAGAGGUUCCAAGGGAAAGCAACGAAGGAGUCUUCAGGUUGUAUCGAGUUGAAUACAUAUGUGAUGUUGGGAGGAAACCUAUUCAAGGAGUAUUGAAGUUGAGCAGCUGAAGCUCAAAAGGUAGAUGAAGCCAGAUGAGCUUUACUCAAAACAUGUGAGGCUGAGAAGGUCGGUUCUCAGAAGGCUGCAAGGAGAUGCAGAAGGUGAGCAGGUUUUGCUCUGGUUCUAGUAAGUGUCAGCACAAAGGAAAAGUUAUGGACUUGGACCAAACAUGUUGAAUUUAUUGAGGUUAUGUCUGCAAUCUGUGAUAGUUCUCCCUACAACAGAGGCAUAAUACAUGGCAUUUGUGGAAGCAGUUAAGGAGGAAAUUUGGCUGAGAGAAUGUGUUGUGUUUAGGCAAGGUCAUUCCUGUGAAGAAGUUUAUACUGGCUCCGAGGGUUCUCGGAGUGGCCAAGCACUAAGGUGUUUGGUGUUUUGUCUGGCAAGUACGAGUUUGCAACAUGAUAGCUUCAGAUAGAACUGAUUAAUCAUCAAGGUCAAGAUUGUUAUAUUGGUGAUGAAGAAUCAGCUAUAUUGGAAGCUUAAACCAAGUCAAGAUUAACAAUUGAGUUAUAUGACGUUGGGUUAACAACCGGUUAAUUGUUACUCAUGGUUUACGAUUAUUAAACCGGUUAUCAGUUGUAACAGACUUUGCUUAAUAUAAAGGAAAGGCUCGUGUGUUGUACACUAAAGAGAGUUAGUCAUUUGCCUUGCAAGGCCCCAGAGACGUAGCCAAAUCGGUGAACUCUGGGUAAUCAGUUAAUCUUUUUAUUGUAGUUUGGUCAAGACCAUCAAACUUUUUCAAGUUGGACUAGCUUGCACUUGACCUAACAUUCUAUGUAUUGACAAAGAACAUUAGGUCAAGUGCUGAUAUUUAGGAUGGAAAGGUCACGACAAAAGACCUAACACAAGCAGACACAAGGAAAACACAUAGCAAAGGCACAAAAAAGUGGGAGCUCGAGAGAGCUCGAGACCAGGGCUUGGGUCUGAAGAGAGCGAACUAGAUAAAAGUAGGUUCUCGGUAGGCUAGCUAAGCACUUUCCUAUAUACUUGUAUCUCUAGGUGAUUUGUAAUAGAGAUCAAAGGAGGUUGACAGGAACUGUAACCUCAGGGUAUUGUACUCUCGUGUUUCUUAUAAUGGAAGGUUGAGAGACUGAUUUCUCUCUCCGGUGAGUAUAGCUCCUUCUUCACAUCAAGGAAGGGAGGUGAACACCAGGUUAACAAAAAUGUCUUGUGUUCCUUAUUUUCUUGCUUGAUUCAUAAUCCGCGUACUUGUUUAAUUGACUAGAUACUGUAAGCUUUUAGGUAAAGAGACAAAUCAUGAACAAGUGGAACAAGAGCUUUUGGAUUCCCCAACAAGUUUUUUGGAUUUUCCCAACACAAAGAAUUUUAAAAUCUUGAAAGCUGAAAGAUACUAGAUUUAAAAAAAAUGGAUCUGAAUCAUGCAUUGAAUAACAUUAGAUUUUCAAAUAGAAUUUAAAAUCAUCAUUUAAAUAACAGUAGUAUGUAUUUAUAUUUAAAAUCUAUUAAAAUAUAUUAUUAAAUAAUACAUUUAGUUUUGAGUAACCCACAGCACAAAUUAAAUGUUAAUUGUAGAAAAGAAAUAACAGAUGUAAACAACAUUAGUUAGUAGUUGGAAAAAUCAACAACUACUAAAACAAAAGAUGAUCGGUGAUGAAAAUAAGAUAGCUAUAAAAAUAAAUGUUUCCUGAUUUUUUUUUGUCAACUUCUUAUCCCUUCUAAUCUAUUAAAACUGAAGUACAAAUUGGAAUUAACCCUCAAUUUUCCUUAGUAAUUACAAGUGAAUGCCAUUGAGUUAAUUAAUUUAAUAUAGUAUUAUUUAUUUUGAAAGUAACUGAUUGGAACCAACAAUCAAAGUCAUUGUUCCACAAAAUAUUCCUAAAAUCAUAACAUUCCCAUUAAUUUAACUUAUUUUAACGUCAGUUUAAUUAAUUUCAAUUACACUAACCAUCAAGAUAUCAAUCUUUUGAGUCCAACAAGUUUUCUUAACUAACUAGAAAUUGUACUAGCCUUAAUAGUUAUUAUAAAAUACUACCAAAUGAACGAAACAAUUCUUUACCCGAAAAAUAAACAGCUUUAUAAGGUUUUACUUUUUCUCUAACCUCCAAAACAAAACUUAUCUCUGUAAACUGAUCACUUACAUGCAUUGAUAUAUACUCUCACAGGUCUGUCCACGAAAAAUAAUGUACAAAGUAAGCUAGACACUAUUUUAUCUUUCUACAAUUUUGACAUAGAUGUUUUGUUAUUCAUUUUUGGUUGUGAUAUAUUAAUGAUGGAGUAUAAAAGAAGAAGAGUGAAAUCAUCUCAUCAUCAUCGGACGUUUUGCCAUAUAACUAUGGCCGUGAGAUAAUAAAGUCAGUAUAAAAGUAUAGAUUAAACAGUAUAGGAAAACAGAGAUGCAACAAAACUUUUUUAAGACACUACCCACCCAACAGCUUCCUACGAUCUUUUGAAUUUGAGAUUUGAGUUUUUCUCUAUAAAGCUCCUUGUGAUUUUCCUGUUUGGUUGCUUUUGUGAUGUAGUGAGAUUUAUGUACCAUAGUGAAUGAGCUUUUCAUGUUUCUCGAGAAUUGUUUGAUCUGUAAUUGAUUCCAGUUCGUUACUUUAUAACCAUGUGUAAUGGUUGGUCUAUGAGGCAACUAAGGAUAAAUUGUGUUUAGAAUUUGAUUGUAAGUUUGUAACAGAAAUUGGCAUAGGUAUAAAAGAUUAAUUCAUUGGUACUACUCUCGGGAAAAGGUGGUGUUAAGCAGAUGUGAGGGGACCUAUAAUCAAAGCAUUGAUAGCCAUUUAAUUAAAAAUAAAUGAUGUAUUUUAUAAGGUAAACUUUGAGUCGUAAACAAAGUAAAAUGAAAUUUUUUACUUGAAAUUAGUGGUAGAGAUUCCUUUCUUGCAAUGUUUUUCAUUUACCACUUUACAUAAUAUACAAAGUCUACAGAAUAUAUAUGUUACAGAUUGUACAUAAAAUCUUUAAUUAUUUUUCAUAUAAACAAUAAUCAAAUAAAAAAUAUCCCGCAACAUUGCUAAUAAAGUUACACAGUAUACAAAACUAAGUUAUAAUGUUUUCAAAUAAUUUCGUUGUAUAAACAAAAUGAAAAAGUUAUAUGUACCCACACGGGUGUGCAGAUCAAACUCUAGUAUAUAUUAAAAGAGAAGCAUUGCAAUUAAUGCGUUCACACCAAUACUGACACGUGUCGUUUAGAGAGACACUCUCAUAUAUUUGUUUCCUUAUUUUCCAUCUUUGGAGCAUCUUGGCGUUUUAAUUAUGUGAUCUUCUUAACGAGCUUUUGAUUAUAAAAUAGCCUGAGAAUUGAAACACUUUAUAAACAGUUUGUAAUCUUCUUCACACCUUCGAGGUUUCAACAUAUCUCAUCAGACAUCAGGUGAUGACAAUUUUUAUAGACAGAAAAAGAUUAUAAAUUGCAAACUGAGAUGAAAAGAACUGUCUUUUAAGAUAAAAUAGAGAAAUCCAACACAUCUGUUAGUCAACUGAACAUAAAAGUCUCCUCUUCCUUCUUCGCAUGGCCUACACGACGAUCCAUCUAGGUUAUUCUCGGGGAGGUUCUUGAGAUGGGGACUUUAGUCGUGGACAAGUAUCACGCAAACUGAGAUGAAAAAAACUGUGUUUCUCGACCGAACCUAUGAGAAAUCCAACGCAUCCGUUAGUCCAUUGUUGAAGUCUUGAAGAGGAGAAGAGAACCUGUAAGUUUAUGUUCAUUAGAUCGGCUUUGUGAGGCUACUUAUUUUGCAACUUUGUGUGUAGCUGUUGAUUAUUACUGUCAAAAAGAGAACUCUUCUCCCAUUGUUUCGUCAAGCUUAGAAUUAUCGUUAUUACAAACUACUGCGCUCACAAACUCUUCUCCCCUUUCUUUCGUCAAGCUCACAAACACAAAUGAUAACAUUUUUACAUUUCCAAUGAUAAUAAUUUUACGUUUGCAUGGCUGGCCAACACACUCUUACCUACCAUACGCUUUUUUAAGCAUACUGUUUAUUCUUUAUUAUCACGUACAAAUUAAUGGAGGCGAUGCAUGCAAAGGCAAAAAAGGUCGAAGUCUAUUGAAAUCAUGGAAAUUCUGCUACAGAGUUGAUAAUCGGUAUAUAAUCUAUAGGAUUUUUUUUUUGUCAGAGUAUAUAAUCUAUAGGAUAAACACACAACUUUCAAGCUAAACUAGAAAGGUCUCCUUUUUUUCUUGUGUUGUGCAAUUUGUUGUAGAUGAAUGGCUAAGAGAGACACGUAAACACCAAAAAAAAAAUUAUAUUCAUACGCGACUGUUAUUAGUUCCAAGUUGGAACUUCUGAUUGUAGGUUUACCGAAUCGAACCGGUCGGUUCCAAGUUGGAACGUCUAUUGAAAUCAAUGAAGAUAAACCACACUUCAGUUCGGUUAUUUCAAGUUUACUAUAUGAGUAUGACGGUUGCCUAUUUUGCUAAUAUGCGUGACUGAGUUAAUUAUGAAUAGGGAAUUUGCAUAUAUUUCAUUUAAAUUGUAUUAUCAGUUUUAUUUUUAUGUGUCUUAAUAAAAUUGAGCUUUUUAUUUGUAAGAUUUCUUCUACAAUAUUCUUCAUCGUUAACCUCGAAAAGUGAAUUCUCCAAACCAAAAUAAAUAAGACUUUCGAAUGGUUCUUAUAUUUCAACGGAGUAAAAUACAAUAAAAUCCAACAUACAAUCAAACCGAUGUCCACAUUUAACAGACUUUAUGUCUUUUUAUUUUAUAAAUACUAAAAAUAAUAAUUUCAUUCCGCGCAAGGCGUGGGUUGUCACCUAGUUUUAUUAAUAUAAAGAGUACAGUAUUUUUUAUCCCUGCACAUAUUACAAAGUAAAAUACACGUAUAGAGUAACAAAAUAAUUUCGAACCACGUCGCAUUAAUGGGAUAUGCAAAUCUUGAUCUUUCUCUUCACUGCCGGUAAAGUCUGGACCACCGCCGACGAUAGAGCUUUAUCUUCCCACCUUCAAUCCUCGUUUCACCUUGAUUUUGUACUCUUUAUAUUACAAUUUUCAGUAUCGAUCACCUGGUCAAGAAAAGUCUAACUUCUCUCUAGACUUACACAGAACUUGGAUUUGAAACUUUUCUUCUUUGCUGGUUGAGCACAGAUCCUUUUACUAUGAGGAUCUUUCUCUCUUAUGUAUUAAGAGUAACUUAACAU